AUGGAGAGGAGAGGAGACAGCGCCUCUUACACGCGGCCGCGGCUCCAGCUCUUGCACUCAGGCGCCGGGAGCAUCACCGCGCGCUGGGCACGCUCGGGCGGCGCUCAGGGGCCCCGCGGGCUGCGGCAGGGACGGCCGAGCGUCCUCUCCCUUUCCGCCUUUCGCCCGAGCACCCCGCGAGCUCCCCGAGGACCGCUCCUGCCGGGCGAGCCCCUCGGCGCUCUUCCGUGCGGGGAGGCGGCCCGGGGAGGCGCGCGGCCGGGGAGGCGCCCGACUGCCCGUCCGAGCCCCGGGUCUCCGCCGCCCCGUCCGCCCGCAGGGGACUCCGUGAUCCAGCUCAAGGGCCUGUGCUACUUCACCAACGGGACGCAGCGCGUGCGGGGUGUGGACAGAUACAUCUACAACCAGGAGGAGUUCGUGCGCUUCGACAGCGACGUGGGCGAGUUCCGCGCGGUGGCCGAGUGGGGGCGGCCGUAUGCCGAGUACUUCAACAGCCAGAAGGAGUUCAUGGAGCAGAAGCGGGCCGAGACGGACACGGUGUGCAGACACAACUACGAGGGGCCGGAUGCCAGCACCUCCCUGCGGCGGCUCGAGCAGCCCAAGGUGGCCAUCUCCCUGUCCAGGACCGAGGCCCUCAACCACCACAACCUGCUGGUCUGCUCCGUGACAGAUUUCUACCCAGCCCAGGUCAAAGUGCGCUGGUUCCGGAACGGCCAGGAGGAGACCUCGGGGGUUGUGUCCACGCAGCUUAUUAAGAACGGGGACUGGACCUACCAGGUCCUGGUCAUGCUGGAGAUGACCCCUCAGCGGGGAGACGUCUACACCUGCCAAGUGGAGCACCGCAGCCUGCAGAGCCCCGUCACCGUGGAGUGGAGGGCGCAGUCUGAGUCUGCCCAGGGCAAGAUGCUGAGUGGCAUCGGGGGCUUCGUGCUCGGGCUGAUCUUCCUCGGCUUGGGCCUUUUCUUCCGUCACAGGAGUCAGAAAGGGGCUCGAGGGCCUCCUCCAGCAGGGCUCCUACAAUGACUCUGACAGUGAGUUGACUGUCACACUGUAAGGCCUGAAUGUCCCCAAGUACCUGUCUGUGCCAGCCUGCCUGCCACGCUCUGAUUUGGAGUCCAGCAGACUGCCAGUGUACCCAGCUCAGCUCUUGUGAUCCCGAGUCCCCAAGGCUCUGUCUUUGGCUCUGCCCUGAGCCGAUUCUAGAGACUCUGUCUAUGUACUGUGACUCUGCCCAUGGCUCAGACCCCAGGCUUCUGUCUCCAUUGUCCCACACAGGCUGCUGAAGAGAUGUGCUGAAACCAGUCGCCCCUUUUUCAUGAUUAAACACAUUCUGAACCA